AAAAUUACUAAGUAUAAAUAAAGAAGUGUUAAAGUUAAAAACUGUUGAAUAAAUUCUUAGCAAAUUGUUUAAUAAAAUAAAUACCUAUUUGCUUUAGUAGUGCUGUGAUAAGAGAAAAAACAACUCAAGUGUAGUUGCCGGUUGUUUUUUGUUUACAAAUCGAUAAGAACUCGUUAUUUAUUAUUAUAUUUUGUUGUUAUUCUACAUCUAUUCACAUACUUCCUCGCACCAUGUCAGACACUUGCACCAAUGGUGACUACAGCGCCACCUGUGUGUCAAUGACAGAACUAACAUCAAAUCACCGUUUGUUUGGCAAAAUACAAGAACUGCGGGAAUUUUAUGUCAAUGAGUACGGUCAAGAACCGCAAUUGUUUGUACGAGUUCCGGGAAGAGUAAAUAUUAUUGGGGAACAUGUAGACUAUUGCGGAUAUCCUGUAUUACCCAUGGCCAUAGAUCAGUGCAUACUAUUGGCAGUAGGUUAUGAUGAGAAUUCUCCUACACUUCAGCUUAAAAAUAUAGAACAAACUAAAUAUGAAGACUAUUCCUGUGAAGUCAACAAUAUACAAAUAGCUCUUCCUAAAAGCGGUGGACCCGAGUGGUAUAAAUACUAUUUGUGUGGCUUUAAGGGUAUUUACGAAACGUUGAGUGAUGUUUCACAUAAAUAUUAUGGCAUGACAAUAGCUUUAAGUGGUAAUAUACCACCAAGUUCCGGAGUAUCUAGUUCCAGUGCUUUAGUAAGCUCCUCGGUUUUAGCCACUGCUGCAAUAUACAAAUUAAAAUUAGAUCGUAAACGUCUGGCAUCGAUUUCUGCGGUAUGUGAACGUUAUAUAGGAACUCAAGGCGGCGGUAUGGAUCAGGCUAUAGCCUACCUUGCCAAAGAAGGAUGUGCUCAAUUUAUAGAAUUUCAUCCAGAGUUGAAUGCAACACCAUUGCAACUACCCACUGGUGCAUGUUUUGUGGUAGCAAAUAGUUUGGCUGAAAAAAACAAAGCUGCUUCUUCCGAUUUCAAUGAGCGAGUGGUGGAGUGUCGUUUGGGUUGUCGUCUAAUAGCGUUUAACAAAAACUUUGAAAACUGGCGGCAAAUUUUAAGAUUUGUGGACUUACAAGAAUCUUUAGGCUGCAGUUUAGAAGAAAUGGAAAAAUAUGCUCGAGAGUUUGUAAACAAAGAUGUAUACAAACGCUCAGAAUUAUGCCAGAUAUUUCAAAUUGAUGACCAAACAUUCCAAAGUGAUUUUUUAACCUGCAAUACCCAGCACAUGCAAGAGUUUAAGCUUAAACAAAGGACACUUCAUGUAAUACAAGAAUCAUUACGAGUACGGACCUUCCGUUCUUUGUGCGAACAGGUAUUUCACAAUGGUGUACAAUCCAAUGGCAAUUUAGAGUCCCAUAAUGUAACUAUUGCCAAGCUAUCCCAAUUAAUGAGUUUAUCUCAUGAAAGUCUGAAGACUCUGUAUGAAUGUUCGCAUCCCGAUCUAGACAGACUUGUUAAGAUUUCAGAAGAAUGUGGUAUUGGUGCUAGAUUAACUGGAGCGGGUUGGGGCGGUUGUAUUGUGGCUUUAUGUGAUUCUGUUGAGUCUUCUCAAAAAUAUAUUGCAACUUUGAAGGAAAAAUACUUUGCUUUACUGCCUCCCCACAUAUUGGAGCAACAUGCUCACAAUGAUUUUGAAACGGUGGUUUUUGCAACUUUUCCCCGAGAUGGUGCUGAAAUUCUUAGUUUACCACAAAAUUAAAAUUUGCCAUAAAUUGUAAAAAUAUUCCUUGUUUUUUUUUAAUAAAUAAAAAUUAUUAAAAUCUUAAUUAAA